AUGUCAGAGACAAGCUUACAGAAAGAUGCUAUAAAUAAGGUCGACUCAUCGAAAAGGCCUAGCAUUCUACAAGUGUCACGGCCCUUUUUCACGAGCUCUGAAUUAUCAUAUGUACAUUCGUUCACUAUUCCAGAACAGAAAAAGUUAACAUUCAACCAAAGAAAGCACCAGAUAUAUCAGUAUGUAUUUCAAAUUGUUCGGGCUUUGAAGCUUCCUUUGAGGGUUUUAGGAACUACCAUGAAUUACUACCAAAGGUGGUAUUUAUUCAAUAAAUUUGAAGAGAUGAACGAUGCGACAGACUUGGAGAACGACACAUAUACAAUUGCACUUACUUGCUUAUUCUUGGCUUCGAAGAACGAGGACUGUAUUAAGAAAUUGAAGGAUAUACAAGCAGUCAGCAACAGGCAAAGAAAUGAUAAAUCCUUGAUGCAACAACAGUAUCUAGAUUUACAACGAAAGGCAAUAAUGAACAUAGAAUUCAAGUUGUUGCAAGUCAUAAAAUUUGACUUUAUUAAUGGCUCCUCGAUCCAAAGCACUGACCAGCUAGUCGUCCAAUUCUGCAAAAAAUUAGAAGUUGACUAUAAAACCACGAUGUAUAGUUGGCUUAUCAGUUUUGAUUUGAUGUCUACUCCCUUAUGCCUAAUAAUCCCUCCUCAUUGCAUUGCUUUAGCAAUAAUUAUAGUGACUUUGAACCUUAAACCGAAAGAAAUUCGACUGAAGUAUACACAAGAUGAUGCAUCGAAUUCUUCUCCCAAAUUAAAUGAAAUCUUAGAGACAAUAGACUGUUAUGAGGGGUUCAGGUGUCCAGAGACUUUGGUUAAUGAAGGCAUAAUUUAUAUAUUGGAUUACUAUGUUCAUCAGAUGAAUUUCUCUAUACUAAAUGAAUUCAUGCCAUCGAUCGAUCUGGAGACAGGGAAAGAACAAAUAUUCAAAUUCAUGGAUUUAAAGUCAAGGUUCAAUGAUCUAAAAAUUUUAGAUCAAAAAUCUUGUUCGACUGAAAAACUAUUGAAGCAAGACGAGUAUCUAUCUUGCUGGGACUAUUCAAUCGGCUUGAAGGGGUCAUCAAGGUUUAUUUCCAGUAAUAAGAGAAGAAGGUUCGAUUCGGAAUUCGAAAAAUUAAAAAGAAGUAAUUAG